AUGUCGCUUCAACGACCCAUAGCCGUCGCCAACUUAGAAUUUGUAGGAAGCAUUGCAGUGUCAGAUUCAGAAGGUGCAACGCAGGGAAGAUCAUGGAAGAAGGAAGGGAAGCCAUCAAUUAAAACCAUUCAGUCAAAAAAUGGAGAACUAUAUGAUUGUGUCGAUAUAUACAAGCAACCGGCAUUUGACCAUCCAUUACUGAAGAAUCAUACUCUCCAGUUAAAACCAAGUUUUCUUCCAAAUGGAUUGAAACCUGCAAAACCCAAGCCAGCGACCUUCUACGGAUUCAACGACACUUGUCCUUCAGGGACUAUUCUCAUUGAGCGUUCUCAGAAAUCAGACUAUUUUCGUUCUCACCCUGUAGAUGAGAAAACUGAAUCGGGAGACUAUUUUGCUAUAAUUGAAACCAAUACCAAGGGUCCCAAUUUAUUCUACGGAGCAAGUGCGAGAAUGACGACACAUCUAUUUAGUUUGCUACCAACUCAAGUAUCAGCAAGCAGUAUUUUUCUUUUUGGUGGUGCUCAUGGCCCACGCUAUGACCUCAAUGUGAUAGAAGCUGGUUGGCAUUAUUCGCCAAAUGAAUAUAAUGACUAUGUUCCUCGAUUUUUUACUUAUUGGACAAGAGAUGGGUAUUCAAAUUCUGGUUGUGGAAAUUUACGGUGCCCAGGUUUUGUUAGAACUACUUCUAGUCCUAUUGGACCUGGUAGUCCUAUUAAAGACUUCUCCGUUUAUGGUGGUGAAGAAGUAUCUUUUUCUCUACAAAUCUAUAAGGAUCCUUCGACUUCAAACUGGUGGUUUUUGUUACAAGGUGAAUCUAUUGGUUAUUAUCCUAGAGAAUUGCUUCCUAACAUGGAUGGUGGUAUAGAUAAGAUUCAAAUGGGUGGACGUGUCUUUUCUUUCUUGAAAGAUCCAAGUCCCCCGAUGGGUAGCGGUCAUCCAUAUUACGAAGGACGCAAUAAGGCUGCCUAUUUUACCCAAGUUCAAUUGAUAGAUCCUAUGUCUAGGCUGUAUAAUAUAGAGCCCCAAUUUUUGAACUUUAUAUCUGAUUUACCUGAUUAUUAUGGCAUAGGUGACUAUCAUUUGGCCAACCCAAAUGAUGGUUAUGUUUUUGCUUACGGAGGACUUGGAGGGUUUAGAAAGUGA